CGUUCCAUGAUAUUAUUCAUUGCUAUUGAACACAUUCUAAUUUGAAACUUGAAGAUGUCUCGAAGCAUAUUACGAUAUCAGAAUAUCAAGAUAUCAGGAGGAUAACAGAGCUUCGGCCCUAAAAACAAGAAGUAUCGAUAAACAAACCGGCUACACUUAAACGAACCGGGUAAAAGUGCGAAUAAAUGAGCGUAUGAAGAACGUGCCGCUGCCGUUCCUCAUGUUCCUUCCUAGGCCCAGUGCUCGUUUUCCAGUCAACGACUUUGUCGGAUGUGUUGCACAUACGUGCACUGUUGCAUGCGGGAAAUAUGGCGUACCGCAUACACGCACGUGGAUCGCGAAGGUGGGGCUAUGCCUUGCAAGCUAUUCCUGGAGUCGCAAGUAGCAUAACAACACAAGCCCUAUACGAGGCUAUGUACUUACGUUUCGUUCCGGCCGAAAGAUGGGAUGGCGGAUUGAUAACGCAACGACAUCUCGAAAUUCCUUGCUCUACUCUCUUAGAAAAGAGUGCGAUCCAUGCGAUUCGUGGAAACACAUCUUCACAUUCGUUUUCAUUCAAUCGUCGAUUUUAAUGAAAGGUAUUUGUCGAGCCGCGUUGAAUAUAUCGUAUUAGUCAAUCGUUUCGCCACUAAUCAAGUUUAAAGCGCGCCUGAUAAUUCUAAGAAUUACCAUCACCGUUUCAUUGGCUAUUUAUGGCGUGAAUGGAAGGAUAAGCAAUUUUCCUUCAAGAAUUUCGAUAUCGGGCAAAUGGGCUACGUAUACUUCAAAGCUAUACGAUAUUCAUACCUAAACCCUUUCUCAAGUGAAACAAAAAAGGUUAGAAUGUCUGAAUACCAUGUCUGCGAAUAAAUUGAAUGUCUGUAAUGUGUUUACUGAAUAGAAAGUUAUUGUUAAUGCAUGGUAAUGCAUAAUGAACAACUUAUGGGAUAUUUCUUGAGCGCUUGAGCACAGCAUUUCGAGGAAUUUGAAAAUCGCGAAACAACAGAUUCACGAAGGGAAAUUAAUUUCAUCGACAAGGGGGCACGCGACUUCUCGAGUCACACGGUAUUCCUCCUCUUUUCUCCUCUUUCCUCUAUCGUCCUUUGCCCCCGUCCCCACCAUUCCACAGUUUUGUAAUGCCUCUCUGUCUCUGGCACUUCCUGUGUUCCGCCACGUUCACCUGACUGCCGGCACCUGCCUUCAUAACUAUCUAGGUGUACACAGCGUAUAGAAGCAAAGCGUGUAUCCUAUGGGACUUUAGUUUCUCCGCUCGUUUCAUCGGCCACGGUGUACUCUCUGGCUUGUGCCUACUAGCGCACACAUUCCACCUGGAAACACGCCGAGUUCGCUACACGCAGUCGAUGUUACGCUGUCGUUCACCACGGCCGGACUAUCGGAGCUUUUCCUCUCCCGACUUGAUAACAGUCACGCCUCGAACCGGCGAAUCUGCGCCCGAUCAUUAGUGCGAUCCUCCGCGGCCACGAAUAAUUCAAUUUCUCCAGGAUUAACCAUUGGAAUCGAAAGGUUCGAUUAAUAUAAAUAAUCCUAUUUCUUCUUUUUUUUUAUAUAUAUAUAUAUUUCUCUCUAUUACCUCUUUCGCUCUACCUGGCUCUUUGUAGGUAUUUUUCCAAAGAAAGGAUCUACUAUUUAGAUCUUGAAUAAUAACAGGUAUUGAAGGGGUCCAUCGCGAUCCCAUUGUGAUCUUUCUUGAAAGGAAGCAUAGUUCGGAUCUUUGAUAUUUGAAUCUCUAUUGGAAUAGAAUUUCUUCUUUGGAUCGUUGUUAUUGAUAUUGUUUAAUAAGGAACGUUUUUAUUUUUCAUGUUCUGAUUGAGAAGAAGGAAGAAUAGAUUGUGGAACGUUUCAACAAGGAUGGCAUAGAAGAUUUGAAACAGCUGAAGGAGCGUGCCCAACGAUCCAUUUUCCAUUUUACGAGCCGAGGUCUCGACUCGAUAUUCGCGAGUUCUUGCGAUAGUGAAGGAUUUUUGUUUAAGUGUAAUAAUUCGUUUCUCGAAGCCGAAAGGUGAAUCUUCACUGUAAAGUGACUGUUUGCAUGUGGAGCUGAUUCCUUCUUUAUCGUUGGUUUCAGUGCUUUAUAAUGUCAUCUGGAUUUCGUAGCCGUGGACGAAAACCUUGAGCUUCCCUGCGAGGGUGUCCCCCCAGAGGCCUGCCAAGGAGUCGAAAGGGUUUCAUGUGAGCCCCAGUGCUAGUCCCACAUCGCCACCCAGCCCUAUCAACGACAACAUGGACAAGGCGCCGAUUAUUACCGAUGAGAAUUUCCAGGAUCUGGAAGCAGAAAAGGCAAUAAUGGGAUCCAUUGUGUACUGUAUACAUCAUAAGGACGGGUGCAAAUGGUCGGACGAACUUCGGAAAUUAAAGGCUCACCUGAAUACCUGCAAACACGACGCAGUCCCAUGCAGCAAUAAAUGUGGCGCGAUGAUUCCGCGUGUACUGAUGGAGGACCAUUUGAAAUACACUUGUGCCCAGCGGCGAGCACGCUGCGACUUCUGUGCCAAAGAAUUCACCGGUCACACGCUCGAGAAACACACAGGAACGUGUGGUUACGAGCCGCUCUACUGCGAGAAUAAAUGCGGUAUGAAGGUACAACGAAGGCAUCUCAGUCAGCAUAAGUUGGGCGAAUGUGCGAAAAGACUGGUGGCAUGUCGUUAUUGUAACAAAGAGUUCGUUUUUGACACUCUUGGUGCUCAUCACGCUAAGUGUGGUCGUUUUCCAGUCGCUUGUCCACAUCGUUGUGAAACUGCUGUUUUACCAAGAGAAGAUCUUGAAGUCCAUUUGAAAGAUCAUUGCACUACACAUCUCUUAUCUUGUACUUUCAAAGAUGCUGGUUGCCGUUUUAAGGGAAACAGAUUCUCGUUGGACAAACAUCUGGAAGAAUCAGCAAAGAUGCAUUUAAGCUUGAUGUGCAGUGUGGUAACGAAACAGCAGCACCAAAUAACCAGUCUGAAAUCUGCUAUUAGUAAACUAUCGUUAAACUAUACAGGCACGCUUAUAUGGAAAAUCACGGAUUACAGUGCUAAAAUGUCCGAAGCGAAAGCUAAGGAAGGAAUGGAACUCGUCAGUCCUCCCUUUUACACUAGUCAAUAUGGUUACAAGCUACAGGCGUCAGUUUUCUUAAACGGAAACGGAACCGGCGAAGGAAGUCAUAUUUCAAUAUACAUAAAGAUUCUUCCCGGAGAGUAUGACGCUCUGUUGCGAUGGCCAUUCUCCCAUAGCGUGUCUUUCACCAUAUUCGAUCAAACAGUAGUCGCAGAAAAAGCGUGCAAUAUUGUAGAAAGUUUUAUACCAGAUCCAACAUGGAAGAACUUUCAAAGGCCCAGUCGUGAACCCGAUUCCCUUGGUUUUGGUUUUCCUCGAUUUGUUUCUCAUGAAAUGGUAAAGAAACGACAUUUUGUCAAAGAUAACACCAUGUUCAUCCGAGUAAAGGUCGAUCCUAGUAAAAUAGUAGCCGUUUGAAAGAAUUAAUUUUUUCACAAGAAUCGUAUUUCUUUAAUACGUUGUAUCAUACUAUCUCAAUCGCUAUCGUUCCACUUAGUACUGUUACGUUACACACGCGUGCACAUGUGUGUUUUUCAAUGUGGUUUAUACGCAUUUUUUAUUUUUACAUGUAUUGUCAGUCCAGUAAACGAUUAAUGGUACUUGAUAUUUAUUAAUUGUAUACUUGAUGUGAUAGGCAGAAGUACUUUACAUAUACAAAGCACGUGGUACUUACGUCAUUGCACUGAUAGUAUACUAUAUAUAGUGAAACUAUACAGAAUAUACAUGAAA